AUGUCCAAACAUGUCUACAUGGACGACGUCUUAUCUGGCACGGAGAAGGAGCAUGAAGCAAUUCAGUUACGGGAGCAGCUCAUCGAGUUAGCUUAUCAAGGAGGAUUUAAACUCAGGGAGUUCGCAUCGAAAUCGAGAGCAGUGCUUCGUGGAAUUCAGGUCGAUGACUUGGCAAUCGCAGAAUCAGUACUGAGAAUCAGAAACAAAGAGCAAGCCAGAAAGCUACUUGACCUUGAGGUUCUCAUGGAUGGAACACCAAUAGCAAUUGGCUACCAUCCCGAGUUGAAUUUUCGGAAAUUUGUUGUCGUGUGCAGUGAGGUCGAAGGUAUGACCGACGACGAGCUGCUCAAAGAACUUUUACCGCAAAAAAUAACAGCUGUCCGUCGUAUUACCAAAAAAACAACUACAGCAAUAAUUGGGACUUCCACUUUAAUUCUAACGAUUAACUCGACAGUGGUGCCAGAAUUCAUUACCUUCGGCUUCAUUCGUUUACGAACACGAAUCUACUAUCCUCAACCACUAAUUUGUCGACAUUGCCUUCAAUAUGGACAUCCGAAAAAUAAAUGUCUGAACGAGAAAGCGUGUAUCGUGUGUUCCGGUAAUCACAGCAGCGAUCUAUGCACCGCCCAAGCCGCCGCUCGCAAAAUUGCAGAAACACCCUGUACCAUCAGCUACGCAGCAGUUGUUAAAAACCAGCACGAAGUCUACAACCAAGAAAAAAGAAAACAGCAUCCGAAAAAACAAACACCGAAUGAUUUAACAGAACAACAGGCAAUCCAGAAAAGAGCACAUCACCCGACAGAAGAAACAACUCCAGCUAAAAACCUGACUGCUUCACCACCCAGCAAAAAAUUGACCCCUCAACCAUCUACGCAAGCAACGGAAGAUGGAAUUGAAGACACGCCACAAAAGGAGAGUGGCAAAAUGACCAUCGAUGCACUAGUGCAGAAAUCUUCUAUUAUUAUAAGUUCCCCUUCUACCCAAAUCCCUCCCAAUCCCCCUUUAAAUCCUUUCCAACCUCCCAUUAGAUCUAAAUUCAAAUAUGACCAUCGGCACAUAAAACCUUGUAAAAAGUGA